ACGAAAGUGCCCAUGAUAUCCUUCAUCAUCAAGGAAAUCAACGCCAUUCUCUCUCUUUUGUCAUCGACCUCCAUGUCCGAUAUAUAUCUAACAGAGAAGAUUCAGAUUUUGCAAUGACGAAAGAGUUUUUUAUCUCUUUCUUGUGGAUAUUGAGGUUCUAAUUGUUUAAUACCAGAGAAGAGAGAAAAUGUUGGGAAUUUUUAGCGGAGCUAUAGUAACGUUGCCGGAAGAGCUGGUGGCCGCCGGCAGCCGCACUCCGUCGCCGAAGACAACCGGAGCGGCUCUAGUUAACAAGUUCGUGGAGAAAAACCCAUCCGCAGUGUCCGUACAAGUCGGAGACUAUGUGCAGCUUGCGUACAGCCACCACAAAGAGAGUCCUCUCCGUCCGAGGUCAUUUGGGGCUAAGGAUGAGAUAUUCUGCUUGUUCCAAGGCUCACUUGACAACCUAGGAAGCUUGAAGCAGCAGUAUGGGCUUGCAAAGAAUGCAAACGAGGUUCUCUUAGUCAUCGAGGCUUACAAGACUCUCCGUGACAGAGCUCCUUACCCUGCCAACCACGUUGUAGCACACCUAAGUGGUGAUUUCGCCUUUGUGGUUUUCGAUAAAUCAACCUCCACACUCUUUGUAGCUUCCGACCAAGAAGGUAAGGUUCCAUUGUAUUGGGGGAUAACAGCUGAUGGGUAUGUGGCAUUUGUUGAUGAUGUCGAGUUGCUUAAAGGUGCAUGUGGCAAGUCUCUUGCUUCUUUCCCUCAAGGAUGUUUCUACUCAACUACGUUAGGUGGGCUUAGGAGCUUUGAGAACCCUAAGAACAAGAUCACUGCCAUUCCUGCUAAAGAGGAAGAAAUUUGGGGAGCCACCUUCAAGGUGGAAGGAGCAACAGUUCUUGCAGAUUGAGAAUGGAGAA